CACGCUGACAUUUUUCUCUUCAACCACUUCGUCUUUUCAUCUCACAAAGUACACACUAUGGCUGACCUUUACGGUGUAUAUGCUCAAUUCUUUCGUCUACCUGUACCAAAAGGACCUUUUACAGACCAAAUCAUCAUCGUAACCGGGUCAAAUAGUGGUAUUGGAGUGGAAGCUGCUCGUCAUUACGCUAACCUAGAUGCCAAAAAGGUCAUCCUCGCAGUCAGAAAUAUUGAAGGUGGUAAUGAAGUCAAGAAGUCUAUCGAAGAGAGCACAAAGCGCACCGGCGUGGUUGAGGUCUGGAAGCUCGACAUGUCCAGCUCGGCGUCUGUCCUAGAAUUCGCCAACAGAGUCAACAAAGAAUUACCUCGCCUCGAUGUUGCAGCUUUGAAUGCUGGUGUAGCCACCUUUCUUUACAAAGCCUCUAACGAAGGAUGGGAAGAAACACUACAGAUCAAUGUGAUCUCAACCGCCUACCUGGCCAUCCUCCUUUUACCCAAAUUGUACGCCACUGCCGAUCAAUAUGGUGUGACGCCACGACUCAAUAUCACAUCCUCCGGAGUUCAUGUGCAAGCCAAAUUGACAAAAGAAAUGCUUGCGAAAGGAAAGCCAAUCGAAUGGUUGAAUACGGAAGAAAACGUCAAGGGCCAACAAACGCAUUAUCAAGUUUCCAAAUUAUUGGAAGUCUUUUUUGUACAAGAGUUAGCAAACCAUAUCAAGAGACGAGAUAAUGGACAAACCAAAGUUAUUGUCAAUGCCAUUGAUCCAGGUCUUUGCCACUCAAAACUCGUCAGAAAUAUUACGGCUCCAGGACAGAAAAUGUUCAUAACGAUUUUCAAAUUUUUAUUGGCUAGAUCAGAGGAAGUUGGCUCACGGACUAUCGUCAAUGCUAGUGAGAACGACAACUUCCAAACUCAUGGCAAAUAUCUGUCUAGCUGCGUAGUAUUCCCAACAUCUGAAUUCGUAAGAAGUAAAGAUGGAUAUGAAGCACAGAUCAUGGUAUGGAACGAAUUGCGUGAUAUCCUGUACAAAAUGAACCCUGCGACUGCCACCAUCAUUGAUAGCGGAAAAGCACAGUAAAUGCUGCUGGAGAUAGAUUGGACUGUUUCAUUUCUACACUUUCAUUUCAAACAAACAGCAGAAGUAGUUAAUCUUUAGUCGAUGUUAUUUAUGAUACUCUUUCCAUUCCUUUCGCGAUACGACUUUUGCUGUUAAAUCCCAAUGAUUUACCUUUUAUAUAAACUAUUCUCAGAAAAUUUUAGCUAAAGC